CGAGUUUUAAGUAGAACUUUGUUAAGCGUCUCGGUUCCCGCUUUUAUGCAAUCUGGUACCUCAUACGAAGCUAUUCCAAUUUUCAACGGGGUGCGAAGAUUUUAAUUUCGCAAUCACUCUCAAGACUUUAUUAUAAAAUCUUCGUUCAUAAUAAAGCGAGCUUUGAGCAAAUUUCUUAGAGCUGCGAAUUGAUAAAAUGGAUAAACUACAAAUAAAUCAUAUUCAAUGUGACGCUUCGGUUUUUCUGAAAAUGGCGAAACAUUGUCAUGAAGAGUCUCAAACUUCAUUAGACCUUCCACAAGGUGCUAUUCUUGGUAUGCUGGAUGGAACUAGGUUAGAAAUAACGCACUGUUUUCCAUAUCCAAACAACAUGACUGAGUCUUCUGACGAUGAAGAAUAUCAAUGGGCGAUGAUGAGACGAUUGCGCGUUGUUAAUGUUGACAUGUUUCAUGUUGGCUGGUAUCAAUCAGCAAGCAACACGAAAUUUUUGACCGAAACUCUUCUUGAAUCGCAAUUUAAUUAUCAAACAUGCAUUUCUGAAUCUGUUGUUAUUGUUUACGAUUCCGACAGAUCAAUUCGAGGUGUUAUGCCCUUAAAAGCUUAUAGAUUGUCUGAACAAGCUAUCAAAAUGUAUAAAGAAGGUGCUCAAACUUUUAAAGCAUUACAAGAACUUGGAGUUGGAUUUGAAAAGCUUGUCGUGGAAAUUCCAAUUCACAUUAAAAGCUCAUCACUCACAAACAUCUUACUUCUUGAUAUGUAUGAAACUCUUCCACAAGAAAAAGGUUCUCAAUAUCUUGAUCUUGGCACUGUGGGGGUGUUGGAAAAGCAAAUUCGUGGAAUGAUGAGUCGAACUGACGAUCUCAUUCAAGAAACUGUCAAGUUUAACAGAUAUCAAUAUUCAUGUGUUCGACAAGAACAUGAAAAACAAAGACAAUUGAAUUAUUUAUCUCUUGAAAACAGUGCACGUGUCGCACAAGGUCAAAAAGCGUUAUCUGGAGAUGACAUCAAAAAUCAAUUUCGUGAAAUUUCACCACCACCUAGACGCAUCUCGUUGAUUUUAUCCGAACAAAUCAAUUUCAUUUCAAAAGAAAUCAAUCAAAUCUGUUCUCAAUCAAUAGCAAAACUUAUUCUAACUGAACCAUUGCAAACUUCUAAAGAAGAAAAGAAAUAAAUUUAUUUCUGUUAUCUUUCAGAUGGAAAGUUUCAGAGAAAAACAAUUGAAAAGUUUUUGUUAUUAUGUAGAAG